AUGGACGAAUCCUACUACGGGUUGGAAGUUCAGCGUGACGACUGCAGCAAGACCGCGGAACAGGUUUAUGACUAUAUCACGGAGAGAUUUCCUACCUUUUUCACGAUCGACGUGCUUCCUCAGCCGGUCACGGUCCAAAAGCUCGAUUUGAGACUCAAUGUGAAUCACACUUGUCAAGCGACCAAUCAGCUGAAAGACAAAAUCCUCAGAAUUAGGGAAGAGUAUAGGGGGGGUAAUAAUAUCGUAUUAGAUGCCGAGCAGUACCACCAGAGUAUAUGUGUGGACCUCUGGAUUGCGGUAGAAUUAUGUCGGAGGUACGGUCUAGCUGAGUUAGAGGAGAAACUACGUAACUUGAAAGGUGUCCCGCAGGAGCCAGUAAAGAAACCGGAGCUUUCAGAGCCAGUAAAAGAGCCAGAGCUUUCAGAAUUCAUCGAAAUCAAGGAUUUUCCCAGCCCUAUCAUGGUUCGAAUGUCAGACUUUAGAAUCAACGUCUCCCACAUCGCCAAACUUACUGGCCGUUUAAGAGCGGCACUAGCGAACUUCAGAAAUAGGUUGAGUUCUGAGGCUUACGAGGAUUUGCGGGGAAAUAGGAAGCGUUAG